UAUGACUGGUAUCAUUGUAGAGUGCGGGCGGGUACGCGUGCGAGGUCUGCAAGGUCCGCUUCAACAUGCAGUGCCGCCGGCAGGAGCACCAGGACAUGCACCGGCUCAAGUUCUUCUGCAAGAACUGCAGCUUCGUCUCCAGAAACAGGCAUCAAGCGAGGAGGCAUUACGACAUGCACGCCGGCAAAACGUUCGAGUGCAAACAUUGCGGGAAGAUGUUCAAUAAGAGUUCAACGUAUUUGUCGCACGUGCGGCUGGCGCACCCAGACAUGCACGUGUCGUGCGACCUGUGUGGCGAGACCUUUGUCGGGCAAGCGGGGCUCAAACAGCACAAGGCUAAGAUGCAUUCCAUAGCAGAGAACAUAAAACCGCAGAAGUUCGAGUGUGGCACGUGCUCCGCCACCUUCCUUAGCGUAGAAGCACUGAAUAGACACACAGACACGGCCGGCGAGCACGGCGACCUGCGGCCGUGCGAGCAGUGCGGCGAGAACUGUGCGAGCGAGGACAAGCUACAGGAACAUGUUAAAGAGACACAUCCGAAGGAAACGUAUCGGUGUGAGGAGUGCAACAUGUCGUUCAAACGCGCGUCGGCGUACGACCUGCAUCACCGGCGCAAGCACCUCGGGCAGCGCUUCAGCGCCGCGGGCCGCCACGUGGCGCGCCGCACGCCCGGACACUUCGUGUGCGAGCAGUGCGGCCGCGUGCUCACGUCCCGCCAAGGGCUGCGCUACCACCUGCGGGACCACAAGGGUCUCAACCUGAAGCUGUUCACAUGCCCCGAGUGUAACAAGACCUUCGCCGCCAAGCACAUGAGAGAUUGGCACAUGCGGUCGCACACGGGGGAGAAGCCCUACCAGUGCCCCGAGUGCCCGCUCGCCUUCAGCCUGAACAGCAACUUCAAGCGGCACCACAAGGCAGUACACCUCGGGCAGCGUAAAAGCAUUCCGUGCAACAUUUGCGGGCGCGUGUUCACGACGACGUCGUGCGUGCGCGUGCACGUGAACGCCGUGCACCGCGGCAUGCCGUGGCCCAAGCGGAACCGGACCCGGGGCAAGGCCGAGCCCAAGUCGCCGCUUGACAAUAAAUAAAUUCAUAUACUUA